AUGAAUCAUAACGACGCACCAAAUAUGCAAUCCUACCCAUCUCCUAACGCGACUGCUGCUGACAGUGGUGGUGGACCUUUCUAUGGACCAACUUCCUCAAAUCAACAUCAACACCAACAUCAACAACCUCUACCUACUCCCGAUGAACUGCAACUUGCAGAACAAUUAUCUGCCGAUGCUCAAUUAUCCCGUAGCAUGCAACCAAAUAUGGGAGCAAAUCGUGGAAUGAGCGAAAAUCCAGAUCCUCGAGGUCAAGGAAAUGUCAACUUGAACCAUCAAUAUCAGCCAGAUCAUCAAAUGCAUGGAGGUCAUACACCUAUGAAUCAUGGACUUAUAGAUGUUGGACCUCAAUUUGAUGAAGAAUCUAUAUCUCCAGCUGGAAGGAAGAGAUCAAAGGUCUCAAGAGCUUGUGAUGAGUGUCGGAGGAAGAAAAUCAGAUGCAAUGCCAAUGAACCAGGAAAUGAAGACAUAUGCUCAAAUUGUAAAAGAGUAGGUGUUAAUUGUCAAUUCAGCAGACAACCUAUGAAACGUGGACCAAGCAAGGGCUACAUCAAAGAGCUUGCUGAUCGAAUAAAUACAUUGGAGGGUCAAGUACAAGGAACUGAGAUGCCUCAAUACUCUCAUACACAAGAGAUUUUACAGAGAAGACCUUCCGAAGAGUUUUCUCCGACUCCGAAUCCUGAUCAGAUUCCCCGCAAGCGUGGUUAUUCUUCAAUUUCCGGCUCCGGCGAAUUUGUUUCUCCGUAUCAACAACAGAGUAUGCCUCCUAAUUGGAUUCCUCAAGAACAACAAUCGCGAUCUUCUAUUCCGAAUUCAUCAUAUCCUGCACGAUUGCCUGGUUCUACCCAGCUACCUACUAGAGAGCAGAACUACUCGCCAAAUUUAAUGGUAUCUCAGCAGAAGUGGGUGGACGCACCUGAUGUGGGUGGCUCUGGCGAAGCAGUCAAUCACACCUCUCAAUCUCAUAACGAAGAUGCUGUGGAAUGGAUUGAUGAUUCUCUUCUUGAGAGUUAUUACAAGUUCAUACACCCAACUUAUCCAAUGCUAUCCCUUACCAAGGCUAGGUUAAAUGCUAGACUUUCUGCUUGUUCUGCUCCAGUCAGAUAUGCUUUUUGGGAGGCUUUAUAUGCGGCAGUCAGAUCAUUUCCCACUGCCAUUCCUCUUAAACCACAGGGUAUUACACAUGCAGUCAGACUCAUACACACUGCCCCAUAUGAUACGCAAACUACCCGUUCUCUUUCUACGAAUAUCGUAUAUCUUCAAAUUAUGAUGUUAUUAGCAAUUGAAGCCAACAAUCAACCACGAGAAAUUCAAGACGGUGAAAUAAUUCAAUCUCCUUCUGUUUGGUUGGGUACCGCUGUUGGUUACGCUUAUUCUUUAAGAUUACACGCACACAAACCAAUUGACAAAUCAAACAAUGAUCCAGAUUCUGAUGAUAAGCAUGUGCGACGUGUUUGGUUUAGUUUGGUCAUCAUGGAGAGAUGGAAUGCUGCAGUUACAGCUUGUCCAUUACAAAUUCCUGAUUCAGUAGCACAAAUUUAUCCUGAUGAUCGAGCUCUAUUAGGAGAGGUUGCAUACCAUUUAGUUCGUGUCGCCGUUGUUAUUGGAAAUUACCUGGAAGUAAAACUUGCCUCGACUGAUUUACCUCCACUCUCGGUUCACCGUGGACUUCACGCUCGGCUUCUCAAAACCCAACUCGAAUUAUUACGUCAUGAUCUCAGUACUUCCGGUAUCACCCCUCUCGACUCUCCUGUACUUCAUAUAGGUUACUGGUGUGCUUAUCUCCUCAUUGUACUCCUUCAUACGCCACAAGAAGAUUUCGAUGAACAAAUGAGAGCCACUCACUACAUCAUUAGUCAGCUUUCCUUCAAUACCGAUAUGAGAUCUCCAUUGGUACAUUACUACAAAUGUUUCGCAGCCCUUGCACUUCCGAACCUCCUUCAAUUUGAAGCCACAAAGAAGGAUGCAGAAGCUUCAUUAAAACUUUUUCUUGAAGGUCGUCUAGCUGCCUCUUCUUGGGAUAAUUCAAUUAGAGAAUUCUUAAUCAAUAGUUUAGGAACUCAAAGAAGAUUAUCAACGAGUCAGGUUCAAGGUCAAAGCCAAGGUCAAGGAACACAACAAACCACGAUUACUAGUACAAAUUCAAAAUCAGAUGAUAAUCAACAUAUGAUCACGGCAGCAAAUCAAGGUCUUCAACGUCUUGCGGAUUUAGCAACGGCUUCUACGGAGGAUAGAGUUGAAGUUGGAGUUUCAACGACGGAUGCGGGAGUAAGAAAUGAUAAGGAUGGAACUUUUUCAAGUGCUGGCUUGACUAAAGUCUAG